UCCCAUCAUAAUUUUUCAACUUGAAGAUUACAAAAUAGAUUCUCAUUUAUUUCCACACUCUCUCUCUCUAUUUAUCUCUCAACCACACCCCCCCCAACUCUUCCAAUCAUGCAAAUGGAGAUCCAAUCUCACAAAGGAAGAGGACCACCCCUUCCUCCACCAUUUCCACCACUACCAUCACAAAACACAGCAACAACUCCUCUAACCACCCAAAACAUGUCCCAAGAACUCCCCAUAACCACCGCCACCGCCGCCACCACCACCACCACCACCACCAAGAAACUAACUCUCAUCCCACUCAUCUUCCUGAUAUACUUUGAAGUAGCCGGAGGCCCAUACGGCGAAGAGCCGGCGGUGAAAGCCGGCGGACCUCUUUUGGCCAUCCUAGGCUUCCUGAUAUUCCCCUUCAUCUGGAGCAUCCCCGAAGCUCUCAUCACCGCGGAGCUCUGCACCGCUUUCCCCGGCAACGGCGGGUUUGUGAUCUGGGCCGACGCCGCCUUCGGCCCCUUCUUUGGUUCCCUGAUGGGAACCUGGAAGCUCCUUAGCGGCAUCAUCAAUGUCGCCGCCUUCCCCGCCCUCUGCAUCGACUACCUGCAGCUCAUCUUCCCCAUCUUCUCCUCCGGCCUCCCUCGCUACCUGGCCAUCUUCAUCUCUACUCUCCUCCUCUCCUUUCUCAAUUACACUGGCCUCACCAUCGUAGGCUACGCCGCCGUCAUCCUCGGCGUCGUCUCUCUCCUUCCCUUCAUCCUCAUGUCUUUGAUUGCAAUACCCAAAAUUCAUCCUCACAGAUGGCUCAGUUUAGGCCAAAAGGGUGUAAAAAAAGACUGGAACUUGUUUUUCAAUACCCUCUUUUGGAAUUUGAAUUUUUGGGACAAUGUUAGUACUCUUGCCGGUGAAGUGGAUAAACCCCAAAAGAAUUUUCCAUUGGGUUUGUUUUCUGCAGUGAUAUUCACUUGUUUGGCUUAUAUAAUCCCGCUUUUGGCAGUCACUGGCUCUGUAUCGGUCGAUCAGAAUCAAUGGGACACAGGGUUUAUGGCUGAUGCAGCUGAAAUCAUCUCUGGAAAAUGGUUGAAAUUCUGGAUUGAAGUGGGUGCUGUUUUAUCAACAAUAGGAUUAUUCGAAGCACAGUUAAGCAGCAGUGCUUAUCAAGUUCUGGGUAUGGCAGAAUUAGCUUUCUUGCCCAAGGUUUUCGGGCUGAGAUCGAAAUGGUUCAAUACUCCAUGGGUUGGGAUUCUUUUAUCAACUGUGAUUACUCUUGCUGUUUCGCAUAUGACUUUUACAGAUAUUAUAUCUUCGGCCAAUUUCUUGUAUAGUUUGGGGAUGUUGUUGGAGUUUGCUUCGUUUGUUUGGCUGAGGAGAAAGUUUCCGGCGAUGAAGCGCCCGUAUCGGGUGCCGAUGAAGCUGCCGGGACUGAUUAUAAUGUGCUUGAUUCCAUCUGGAUUUUUGGUGUUUAUAAUGGCGAUUGCGACCAAGAUUGUGUACUUGGUCAGUGGGUUGAUGACUGUGGCUGGAAUUGGGUGGUAUUUCUUGAUGAAGUAUUGCAAGCAAAGAAGGUGGAUUGAGUUCAACAAUGGUGAACAACGUGUUGUUGAGGAAUGAUGAUGAUGAUUGAUUGAUUGAUGAAGAAGAAGAAAAUAGAGAGAUACAGUUGGGUUUUGGGGUCUCUUUGGGUUCACUUGGGUUGAACUUGUUGCAUAGGUUAAUUUGGCAAUUGAAUUUGAGAAGACAUAUGUGUAAUGAUUUUUUUGUUUUUGUUUUUGUUCUGGUUCUUUCUUUUUUGGUAAUUUUAAUAAAAAAAAAGAAAGAAAAAAAAUCAUGUAAUAGUUCUUUUAAACUGAUUGUAGAAAUUUCAGUGUGAAUUAGUGACAGCAGUUUUAAACA